UGGGAAGGUAGGUUUCCCUCGCUAUUGACUCCUUCACACCAUGGAAAACAAUGUGCCAAGCCCUGUACGAUUCGUGUUGAAGGAGGGUUGAAACCCACUCACCCAUAUAAACCCCUCAGGCUCCACCUUAAAAAAAGCAACAAGCCUCUUUUCUCUCUUCCCUACACAAAACUUUGUCUCCCAGCAACUGCGUGGGUAGCGUCACUUCCUUUCUCCUCAGACCAGCCAGCGGUGGGCGAAGAGGUCUGGUUCCACUCAGGGCCCAGCUGCGCUCCCUCACGGCCGGAGGAAGGCAGCCCGGGAGAGCCACGUGGGGACGCCGCAGCCGGGGAAACCCCGCUGGCCGAGCUUGGGGGGGAUGCAGCAUGGCCGCGGCGGCACUGGUUGAGUUGGUUUCCAGCAGUAGCAGCGGUGGGAGCCUGGAAGGCGGCGCAGGCACGGCGGGCGCAAACAGCAGCAGCAGCCGGCAUGAGAAGAGCCUGGGGCUCCUCACCACCAAGUUCGUGUCCCUCCUGCAGGAGGCCAAGGACGGCGUCCUCGACUUGAAAGCGGCUGCAGAUACACUUGCUGUGAGACAAAAAAGGCGGAUUUACGACAUCACCAAUGUUUUGGAAGGGAUAGAUCUCAUAGAAAAAAAGUCAAAAAACAGUAUCCAGUGGAAAGGUGUUGGUGCCGGUUGUAACACAAAGGAAGUCGUAGAUAGACUGAGAUACCUUGAAGCAGAAAUUGAAAAUUUAGAACUAAAAGAAAAGGAGCUGGAUCAGCAGAAAUUGUGGUUACAGCAAAGCAUCAAAAAUGUUAAGGAAGAUUCUACAAAUAAAAGUUUUUCCUACAUCACACAUGAAGACAUUUGUGACUGCUUCAGUGGGGAUACACUACUAGCAAUUCAGGCUCCUUCCGGGACACAGUUAGAAGUUCCUGUACCUCAUGUGAGACAAAACAAAUACCAGAUCAAUCUAAAGAGUCAUUCGGGGCCUAUCCAAGUGCUGCUUAUUAAUAAAGAGUCCAGUUCCUCAAAGCCAGUGGUUUUUCCAGUACCUCCACCUGAUGACCUCAUGCAACCUCCAGCUCCAUUGACUUCCCCUAAACCUAAUGCAGAUCCUCAGAAGUUACAAGAAUUUAGAGACACUCAUCAGGGGCAAUCCCUUCCACGGAUACCACCAGUCACAGUUAUGCCAUCAGACAUGAGUUUCCAAGAUAGCCCAACUCCUGAAACUCUUUAUGCCAGCAUUCCAGAAUCAGAGCUGUAUGACAGCGUGAUAACAGAAACCACACCUAGCUCAAAUACCUGCCAGUCCUUCUUUCCACUGGAUGUUAAUAGAAUUCUGAAGCCAAAUACAUUUGACAUAGCAAAGAUGGAUGAGCCUGGAGGCAUAAUUAACAGCGAUAUCAUUGAUGAAUUGAUGUCCUCUGAUGUUUUUCCCCUCUUACGGCUGUCUCCUACUCCUGGAGAUGAUUACAACUUCAACCUGGAUGAUAAUGAAGGAGUCUGUGAUCUCUUUGAUGUGCAGAUACUGAACUACUAGAUUUGAUGCAGCCAGAUUGCCUCAUCUACCUCUAACUAUGUAAUAUUGUAGACUUUCAUAACACAAGUAUUUAAAAUAAUUAUUGUAAACUUUUGUAGUUCAAGACAGUGUACUUUUGCCUUGUUCUUUGUUAUUUUGAUCAACUUCUAAACUCAGUAAAACAGAAGUGGCCUUUUAAUGCAGUGCAGGGACUGGUACUCCUAGAAAUGUUACGGUAGCUUAAUAGUUAUCUGAAAACCCCAGUUUUCUUUAUUUGUUCUUUAAGAACUGAAGCUUCAUAAUUAUCUCAACUCUGCUUCCUGUACAACUUCAGACUGCUGCAUUUUGUUCAGAUGUGGCCACCUGGAAAUUCUCUAGUCAUUCCAAAAUUUUGGCCUUACGUCUAAAACUUCCACUGCCAAUUGUAGAAUGAAGGGCAUUAGCUAGGUGAUACUACAUUGUUUCAGUGAAUACUUCUGUGGAGUGCCUUUUUAAUUAGCACUUUAAGUUUCUUGUCUUUUCUUCUUUACUUCUUACAUUCCACAUUCCUAGCUUUAAGAAAGCACUAUUUGCAGUUUGUAUUAAAGAGUGCCAAUGCUUGUACAUUAACAAGAUUUUUAAAAUAAAAAUUAUAAAAGAGUUGCUUUUUGCUGAUA